AUGACUACACGCUGCCCGGGAGUAGCGAGAUGCAAAUCCAAGCCCUCUUCCGGAACACUACUAUCAACCUCAACUGAAACAUUUUCCAGCUGGAAGGUGAUGGAUCCCUCUCAAAUAAUUUCGCAGCGUCCAUCAUCUCAUAGAGACAAGGCAACCGGGCCGGGAAUACCAUUACCCUAA